AUGGCCCCACCACCACCACCCCCAGCAGACUUCACUUUCGACCCGUCCCUGUCUGCCUACAAUGUCCUCAUCCAUGACUACCUCUCCAAGCUAAAUGAGACCGCAACGCCCAAACUGGAGGGUUUAGCCACCGGUGCCGUCGUCUUCAGCACGCACCACCCCGCAGACCAGCACGACCGAGUCCUGCUGAUCCAGCGUGCAUCGCACGACUCCAUGCCCAACAGGUGGGAGAUCCCAGGCGGCGCCGUCGACGCGGAUGAGACGGUCCUGGGAGGGCUAGCGCGAGAGGUGUGGGAGGAGAGCGGGCUCAAGGUCAGCCGCGUCGCCUCCUCGGUCUCGCCCGGCGAGGGCUUGGCCGCGGGCGCCGUGUUCCGCACCACGCGCGGCAGGUUCGUCUUCAAGCUUACGUUUGUUGUCGAUGUGGAGGACUCUUCUGCUGUGAUGUUGGACCCGAACGAGCACCAGGAUUAUGUGUGGGCGACGGAGGAGGAGUGCCGGGCGAAGCGGGUUGAGAGGUCUGCAGAGGGGAAAGGAGCGACGGAGUUGGUGUUCACGACUGCGGCGCAGGAGGAGGCUAUUCUGACGGCUUUUGAGGUGCGCAAGCGGGACCGCACAGUGUGA